CCACGUCCAGUUCUGCGCAGGCGCGUGCGAGGAGGCCUCGUCUCGGCUUCGCAUUGGCAACCAACCCGCCGAGUCUACCACCUGCGGGGGGGAGAGGGGAGCUGAUCCUCCAGUAUCCCACACUGCAACGCGGUGCCAGUCGUGUCCUUCCUCGCUCCCCCCCCCGCUUCUUCCUUCGUCUCCCCCGCUUCUUCUCGCAGCCGUCGGCCGCCAUGUUGUGCUAGUUUCGGGCUCGGCGGCGGCUGGCCACGUACCGACGACGACGACAAGCACCCACGGCUUCGCGCUGUCUGGCAGGAGGGGCGCCGCGGGUGCUCUACGCCGCGACCUCUCCGGACCAGGCGCCAUGGCAGCCGCCUUGGGAGGGGAAGGCGCAGAUGAUGACUUUGAUCAGUUUGAUAAGCCUGGUGCAGAAAGGUCUUGGAGGAGGAGAACUGGAGAUGAUGACUGGGACAGUGAACUGGAUGACGACUUGCUAGGAGAAGAUUUGCUGACUGGCAAAAAGACCCAGUCAGAUAUGUCAGAUGAAGAAUUGAAUGAUGAUCUUCUCCAGAGUGACAAUGAAGAUGAUCAACACUUCAGUACACAGGGUGUCGCAGUUAGUCUUAAUGCUACAUCUGGCAUGGUUACGUCCUUCGCGCUCUCCGAGAGUGCGAAUGAUCCAUCUAUCGAGCAAGAUUCAGAGUAUGAUCAAGGGGAGGAUGGAUUGGCUUACGACAAAUCAGAAGUGCCAGAAGAGUAUGCUGAAGAGUACACAGGAGGAGGACAAUAUGAAGGCCAAGAGACGGAGCUGAUAGAAGACCAAAUAGAAUAUGGGGAAGAUCACGGAGAAGAAGAGAUUUAUAAUGAUGAAGUGCUAGAUCUUGAAAUCAAUGAACCUCUAGAUGAAUUUCCAGAUGAAGAUUAUAUGCAGUCCUAUAGUGAGCAGCAAGCAAUGGAACAGCAGCAAGAAUAUGUAGCUGAAGAAGAGUUGGAAGAGGUUGCGGACAGCCAAACGCCUCCAAAUGAGUCAGAAGAGGCAGUGAUUGAAAACCUGGAGCUUCAAGAGGAAACAAAAGAAGAAUCUGAAGAGGAGGAUGACGACGAUCAGGAGUCUGGUCGAUUACGUUUCAAAACUGAACGGAAAGAAGGGACAAUAAUUAGACUGUCUGAUGUAACAAGAGAACGAAGAAACAUUCCAGAAACAUUGGAACUUUCUGCAGAAGCCAAAGCAGCGUUGCAUGAAUUUGAAGAGAGGGAAAGACAACUGAAACAGGGCCGUUAUGGCUCAAGAAGAGGAGCAAGGCGAGGAGGACCUUUAAUGUAUCGUGGAAUGGGAGAACAAAGAAGAGACAACAAUGAAAGGGGAAGAAUGAAGGAUCACAGGCCUGCACUGCUGGCAACUCAGACAGCUGUUACGGCCCAUUCACAGAGGAUGUUUCCUCAUCAGCAACCCAUUAGGAAUCUGUUUCAGCAGCAGCAACAGCUACAAGGUCUGCUACCUCUCCCGCCUCAGCAUCAUACACCACCACCUCCUCCCCAAGGGAUUCAUAUGCCACCCCAGCAAGAAACACCAAGAAUAUUGAUGACUCCUCCUCCAGUGACGUCUCAGCAGCCCAAAAAUAUACACAUCAACCCGCACUUCAAAGGAACUGUAGUGACGCCUGUGCAAGUGCCCUUGCUGCCAGUCCCAACCCAGCCAAGACCUGCUGUAGGACCCCAGAGAUUUCCUGGCCCUCCAGAUUUCCAGCAGAACCCACCGGGACCUGUUCCUACCAACUUCAAUCAAGCCCCAAGGCUUUCCCUUCAAGACCAGUGGAGAGGGCCGCCUCCGCCUCCACCCCCUCUGCCGCCGCCGCCACCUCUGCAGGACCGAGAGCCUUUCUUCAUGGGAGAGCCAAGAUUUCCUAGCCACCACUUGUUUGAGCAGCGGAGUCCCCCUCCACCGCCCCCACCUCCACUUCUCAACAGCACCCAUCCUGUUCCCAGCCAGAAUCCACACCCUUUCAGCCAGCCCGGACCAGGCUUUAAUCAGCAAGGCCAGCAACCCAUGUUUCCCAGAGACAGACUGGUGAGGCCAAACAUUCAGCCUCAGGGCCCAGUGGGUGUCCUUCACUUCAACCAGCCUGGGGCAGCAAACGCACGACCAUUCCUCCCUCCCAGGCAGCCGUUCCUGCAGGCUCCAGGGCAGCCGUUUAUGGCAACUCACACACAGCCCAACAUGCAGGGCCCCUUGCACCCUCCUUUGCAGCCGCAGCACCAGCACCAGCACCAGCCCCAUCCGCAGCAGCAGCAGCAGCACCAGCCCCAGCCGCCUCAGCAGCUCCACCAGCAGCACCAGCCCCACCAGCAGCAGCACCACCACCUCCUUGCUGUGCCUCCCCAGCCUUUGAUUCCGGUUGCCCCGUCCCAGUUCAGGCCUCAUCUUCAGACUUCGCAGCAGUCGCCGAGCAACAACAGGAUGCCGUGUCAGCAGCGACAGAGUCUGGUCAAGCCCAGGCAUAACACACCGACACAGAACAUGGUGAAGCGUCUGAAUCAGCAAAUCCAGUCAAGUGCUCCACGGAACAGCAACUUGCGUGAAUUGCCCAUAGCACCGUUACAUGCAAUUGAGGCUGCGAACAACCGGCGAACCUCAGCACCUGCUGCUCAGGUGAAACCCAUUACCAGCACUGCCCCUGCCAUGCGGCCUGCUGCAGCCAUCAAGAACCAACAAGGAAGGACUGAGACGAAACCUAGAGCAGUUACCCCAGUGGCCCAGCCCAAAGUGGAGGUCAGAUCUGAGCCAGAGUUUCCUGAUGAAGAUGAAGAAACCAGACUGUACCGCUUGAAGAUAGAAGAGCAGAAGCGUCUAAGAGAAGAGAUCCUGAAACAAAAGGAGCUCAGGCGACAGCUUCAGGCUGGGGCUCGGAAGAGAGAGUUGCUGGAACGGCUGGCCCAGCAACAGUCGUCUUCCAUGCAGCCGGAGGAGCAGGAGGAAACGCCGCAGUUGCCCACCAACGGAAACCCGCUGCUUCCUCUUCCUGGCUCACAGCCCCGUCAAAAUGUGAAAUACAGGUUGAUGGUUAAAAAGCAAGAGCCAGGAGUUCCGAACCCCCCAGCUCUUCAGCCGAAGCCCGCAAAUGUUCUGCAGGCUGGGGAUCAUGCGCAGUUUCAAGGACAGCAGAUAAAGACAGUGAAGCAGUUAAGGCAGGCUAGGACGGUGCCCGAAAAUGAGCUCCCGAUCCUGCAUAAAGGGUUGCAAGCAAAGCCUCCUGCCGCACAUUUGAACCCAUCUCAGAUUGCUCGGGUGGCAUCGAUGCAAAGCCAACCUCAGGAGCUGAUGCCUGGGAUGAAAAGGACUGUCAUGCAGCGGGCAAACAGUGGUAGUGGAGAUGGGCCCCAUGUCGGCACCAAAGUCAGGGUGAUUAAAUUGUCAGGAGGGGGUGGUGAGAAUGUUGGAUUUGCUCACGCCGAGGGGCCUCCCCACCACCUCCUGCAAACCCUAGAGCAGAGACAUCAGCCUGUGCGGAAGGUCACAUUGACGAAGGGAACAGUCCAGCAACUGCAUCCACACCCGCUGGCCCAGAUUCACUCAGCAGUUCCUCAAGGGCUGAAAAACAUCCAGGGGAUCCAUCCAGCUAAAAAGGUCAUGACUCAUGGGAGAGGCAGAGGCAUUGCGGGCCAGAUGGGCCGAGGACGCCUGAUGCCAAACAAACAGAACCUGCGAGUGGUAGAGUGCAAGCCUCAGCCCUGCGUCGUGUCAGUUGAAGGGCUUUCUUCAUCAACCACGGAUGUCCAACUGAAAAACCUGCUGAUGUCAGUAGGACCCAUUCAGCGCCUGUAUUUGGAAUCCCAAAAGCAGAAGCUGGUAAAGAGUCUGGAGGCUAAAGCAAUGGGAGAAUGUCCUGCAGUAGUUGAGAAAGAGAGACCUAACUUGGUGAGUUUACAGAUGCUUCCUCAACAGCGAAAGGCCAUUGCAAAAUUUAAAGAGCCAGCAGAUGCUUUAAAAUUUCAACAAAAGUUUCACAGGCAUAUGAUCGAUUUGUCCCACAUCAACGUGGCACUUAUCAUGGAGUGACCUGCUGAACACGAUGGAUCAUUACGCUCCAGGUCACAGGCAAUGGAGGAAGUCACAAGGCCAGGAUCUCCCUGUGAUCUCCGAGGCCAAAGUUGCAGUAUCCCUUUAAAACUUCAGACUGCUCUGUGACACUACAGUUGGCAACAGCAUUGCUGCAAAGGAAUGCCGAAUUUACAUGGAACAAGACAUGGCGAGGUCUAUUGUCUUGGCUUUCUUAUUUCACAUUGUCAGUGCAUGGAACUGUCGGUCCCAUGCACUUGUGUACAAAGGGUGCAUACAGAUGGAGAUGUACUGUGCGAUCACAGUGACUCAGAUUUCAAAGAACACUAACUCUGAAAAGUUUUUCCCCCCUUGUUUCUUCAUAGCAAAGAAUAUUUGAUAAUGGUUGCUCUUAUCUUCAGGGUCUCAGAAUGAGAAUGAACCCAUAUACCCACCUUUUGUAGCUAAGCAGGCAGGUACUUAUUAAUAUGUAGACUGAAACAUGAGCUACAGAAUUGGUUGGUAUUUUGCCAAGGGGCAUUGGAGCUCAUUCUUGAAAGUUCUUCCUGGUGGGGUGAAUGCAAUUCAGUCUUUGCAACAUGAAGUCCAGCAGAUCCUCUCUACCUUCUUUCCUCUCCAACGUUGCUUUGUUGGAAUAACUUUGCAAUGUCCCCUUCUUGGUGAAACAAGUAUCUUUAUGUUCGCCCUCCUGGAGUCUUGUAGAGAUAUGCCUAUAAUCAUUUAUUUAGAUUGCUUAUUGGGUUAUCUGCAGGGAGGUGGGAACACAGUGCCAUAAAUGUUCAGGUUUGUUAUAACCCUAGCGUAGUGCACAAAGAAACAAGGUCCAUUCCUGUCUGCCUGUGGUUGUGAAUUCUACCACUGGUGUUGUCUGCUUCCUAUAAUCUAUGACUUUGAUUUGCACCUUUCUCUGGGAUUUACUCUGAUGAUUUGCUCCGACUGCAUAAUGGCAGAGGCGUUGAAUGUGUCCCCCCCUCCAAAGUGAAAUUAUGAGGACUUUCCCUCCCCUGAGAUAUGGGACUACUCCAAAAAUAUGUACAGCCUUUUAGGAAACUUUUAUAGUAGUUAAAAUGUAAAUUCAAGCAGCGUUUUCAAAGGAAAGCAUUUUUAAAAAGCUUCUAUGCGUCUCGUUUGGAUGGGUGGGGGUUCUUCGUUAAUAGCUAUUAAAAACUGUGAUUGUACUAAUGGAACUAGGUGCCAGUCUAAAUUGUGUUGUCAGUAAGACAGAUAAGAAUCAGCCAUUAGAAAGUGUCUUUCAUUAUCUUUCUUCAUGGUGGCUAAAAUUAGCCACUUUGAAAAAUACUGUGCUUUACAAGGCCUGUAUUUUACGUGAAAUUGGGGUGGCAGAGGGUUUUAAUGAAAGCAGAGCUUUUAAAACUGAAUCCCCCAUUAAGAACCUAUUGGAAUGAUCAAUUAAGCUAUUUGUGUGAUGUCUCUUAAAGGCAAAAUUGCUUUCUUGUCCCACUGGGAAUAUUUCCGGAUAUAUUUCAGUAACUGGUGUAUAUACUACACUAAAAAUAGCUAUACUGUACUGGUGUAGAUACUACACUAAAAUACAGAUAUUUUAAGGUGUUUUUAAUUAAUAGCUUUUGAACACCAUCUUCAUCCUUUCGGAGCACCCUGUCUUGAAAAUGACCAUAGAACCAUGCCAUGGAGGUGAGUGGUGGUAUUAUUAUAGCCCAUUCAUUUGUCUAUAUGAAUGGCUAGUCAAGGCAAGCAGAAUCUUGAUCUAUGGUGGAUCAUUAGCCUUUUGCUCUGAUCAGGACUGUUAUAUAGAUUUUAUGGCCAUCAGAAUAAGAACACACACGACUGAACAGUGACGACCUCCAAGUGAGAUUUGGGUUCUUCCGCAGCCAUUAGGCUGUUAAGAUUGUGUUCAUCACAUUCCUCAAGCAAAGCUUCUCCAUAGUGAGUUGGUUGGUCAAAAAUGACACCUGGAAAAUGGAUUGGCCAGCAUGGUGGUUGAACUGUGUGCAACAUGGGCAAGUUUAAGAACUUGGGUUAAGUAGACUGAGUUUCAAAAGCAGGGGUGUUUGUCAAACAAGGGGUUUUUAUGGCUUCUAAAUAGUAAGUCCACAGUUCCGCUCUUAGAAAGCCCAUUCCUCUGACAUCUGCGGGGUGUUUGUUAGCAAGGGUGACAUUUUAAGCUGCUAAGAAAAUCGUGCCGGUAUUUUAAAAUGUUGUUUAAAGGUUUUAAACCUUUGUCCAUGGAAAGCAGGCCAUGGUAUGGCACUUGAAAUAGGGGUGUGUGCUUUUGUAUAGUUUUUGAGUAUAGACAUAUUUGGCGAACUCUGCACAUUAUAGAGGAUGUUGUAUGCCAUGUGUGUUGUAAGUGUGCAUGCAUGCUCACACUAGCAUCUUGUAUGCUCGCCGUUUCAUUGUAGGAGCUUUCUUGUUUGGGGGAUCUUGUCCUUCCCAUAACCAAGAGUAUUUAUUCUUUCCACAGCUGGGAUCAAGAAUCCAAUGAUCUGGGUGGCAGGCACCCAGCUGUUAGGUUGAGCAAUCAUUAGGAUGUUAUAAUAAAAUAUCUUAACCAAUUUAGUGCUGCCUUAGAACUGGAUUUGUUGGCAGGAUCACAGUUGUGGCUGUUCUCAAUUUGAGGCACCUUCCACUAAAGCAAAUAUCACAGUAAAAAUAGGAGCCCCUGUCCUUUUUGCCCAACACUUCACGGCCCAUCACCACUUCCAUUUUUGUAGAAGAUCUGUUGCAACCAUUAUCUUGUUCUUUCUGUAUCAUGGGUUUAAAAUACAAUGCAAAAUGCAGGAACUGCAUUUAAUGUAUUAUGUAAAUAUGGAACUUUUAAACAAGCAAUUUCAGAGGCUUAUAAUUCAGCCACAUCAAAGCUGUUUGGUGGGGUGGGAAGGAAGGGGGUUGUGUUGUCUUAUGAGAGUUGAAUGGAAAUGGAUCCAUACAUGUUCAUUUUUUUGUGUAACUCUUCAAUUUUUUUUUAUAAAGAUGCUAGUAAGUCAAUACAUGUAUCCUGACCUGCGUAUUAUUUGAUCAUGAAGCUUCAGAAGCUGAACCUUGGUAUGGAUGUUUUAGCCACUAGAUGGAGCCAUAUUUUUUCGCUUUUAGAGUAACCCUUUAAUUUCGCAACACUUUACUUCACUGUUCCUUGCAUGUCCUUGGUUGUGGAAAAAGUACAGCACCAAGUUACAUGUGAUAUUAUGAUUUUCUAGUUGAACAUAAAAUGGGCAACACAGUUUCUAUUUGUCUUUAUAGUGUUUUGGUUUUUAGUUUUGGUCUUGGUGGCUUUUUGUAGAUUGGGACAAGGGUUGGUCAUUUUAUUUCAUGAAAUAUGUAGGCCGGUUGGGUGAUAGGCUGUGAAAUAAGGUCGACUUGCUUCAUUUUCACGGUUCAUUCUGGUCAUCGGAGUUUAUUAGUAGUAUUUAAAUCCUCUUCUUGCUAUCAAGAGUUUGUUAAAACAUUGAACCUAAAGAAAGAAAAGAAUGCCUCUAUGCAUAUAUUUCUAAUGCCAGGACCUUAACCUAAGCCACGGAAGUAAAAAAGCUGAAUGGAGAGUUUAAAUUAGCCAGAUAAUAUGGAGUUCCAUGUGGCUGCAAUCCACAGCCAACGUUGUAACAGACUGAAUAGUUCUAAGCAAUGUAGCCUCAUUGUCUCCCCAAAAGAAUUGGCCUCUGGAUUGCAGCCUCUGGAUAUUGCAGUGAAUGCUACAAAAUAUGAGGCAGGACCAGAACACUAAAGAACUAGGGUGAGUUUAUAUAAUUUUUAUGGAGACGUCAGCAUAAGGUGACAUUUCCCCUUCAUUCUUCCAUGGCUGCUGGCUUAUGCAUGCCCCCCAUGCUGAAAUCAGAAGGUGGCCGUGGUCUCUUUCAGUGGCUGAAUAUUAUGGGGUGGUGGUUGUUUUCUUGUUACCCAAGGCAACCACAGAACGACGAAAUGGAAAUGUCACCUUGUGGUAAUACUUUUCCCUAUGAUAGUACAAGCUUAGCCUUUUAAUUUUUCCUUCCUGUGGCUUUUAAAACUCUUCUUCAAUCUUUCUGCUGCUUAAAGGAACUUAAGUAGUUUCACAAUCUGAGUUAGUAUGAAAGCUUUAGGUGGCACUAGAAAAAAGGAUUUCCUAUUACCCAUAGGAUGUGUACUAGCUAUUAGCCCAGUAGUGGAUAUUUUAAUUCUUCUCUGCUCCAGAUUGCACAAUCUAGAUCUGCCCAACGUUAACUGAUCUCUCCCAAGAACCUUUUCUGUAUACUCAUUAUUAGGGAAAAUAACAGUGUGUGUUUCCAUUUCUCUGACUUUUCUGGAUAAACUCUAGAUGCCUGGCUUAUCUUAAUUCCAUAGAUAUGAUAUUAGCGUUUCCAUUGUUGUCCUGUUACAUCCUCACAUACUUACUGAUGGGCAAUACUCCUGGUUUUUGGUGGUGGGGGUGUGUGUGAGUGUGUGUGUGUAUGUGUGUGUUUCUUUGAUCAGCUGCCUAUAAACUCUCUCCCUGUCUUCUAAACUUUACUUUGCAGCAGUAGCAUUGGACAAAGCUAAGGGAGAAUAAGUGGUGCGAGAGGGUGCAGUUUGUUUUUAAAGAAGCAUAGAACAACUAGACGCUCAUCUCCUUGGGAUUUUCUUGUAGAAUAUUCCCUUAGCAUCAUUAAAUUUCAAGAUGAAUUUCAAACGUUUAAAUACUAAGAAGUAGUAUUGCAGAAGUAUUAAAUCCUAAGGAUUUUGUGUAAGGUUUUUUGUAACCUUUUAGAAUUAAAAUAUAUUUAGCAGCCUCUUAUCAACAUAAGCCUAAGAAGGUCUUAUGUGCAGACCACUGAUUCACAUUGGAUCUCAUGUAUACCAUCCUCUGGUAUAAAUAUGGUUGGGAAGGAUCAUUUGUCUAUUGUGAUAUUCAAAGGAGACAUUCCCAAUUUUCUUCCUCAUCUUUGGUGGUAAGACUUCUUGUUGCGUGAUGUAAGCAUUUGGGCAAGAAGGUCCUUUCUUAAGCCCAUUCCUUGCUUUCCAGCUUUGGGUUGGAUGCCACUCUUGCAAAAAGAUGGUAGUCUGUUAACACUGAUUUUUCAGCAGGUCAUUGUUAAAGGUGGUUUAGUGAAAAGCUGGGAAGCGAAUUCUUUCAAAGUAAUUGGAAAUUGAACUGCCCCUAAUUUGUGUGUGUGUUUUUCAAAUGAGGUAUUACAGAAAAUUUAUCUGUAUUUUCAAAAAAUAGAGAGACUAACUGUAAAAUGGUAUUCUAUUCAACCGAUUGUUUAUGCACUUUGUGUUUUUGCUUUAUGUAGUAAUUUUCUCUCUCCCCUACAUCUAUGUGCGUAAAAAUAAAUAUUACUUUUGAAAUAAUCAGAUCAUUUUCUUUACAGAAUUGGGAGACGGACUUAAUUCUCACCAUCACACCAUUCCUUCCAGAGUCUGACUUUGAAAUAUUUCUUUUCACAGGUGCAUCAGAGGCAUUAAACUCAUUUUCCCCCCACAGCUGACCAUCUGCCUGUAUAUCUUAUGCAGUUUUAGCACUGUGUUAACGACAUCUUUUCCUAAUACCAAUUUUUAUUUUUUGCUAUCCCAUUGGCACUUUCUGGUGCACAAAAUAGAUGAGUUUUUCACUCAACUCUUAAAAUCUGGAGAGAUAAAGCAUCCAUUCCGGGGCUGCAAGAGCUUUCAUGGGGAUUUGCAUUUGGCUCCUUCCUGCCCAGAAUCUCCAUAUGCCAUUGCAAUGCAUGGACACACUACUUUCCAUGGGAAUGGGGUCACCGAUAGGUGUGCCAAGUUCAUCCCUGGCAUCCCCAGGCUGGGACGCACUCCUGCCUGAAACCUUGGAGAGCCAAUGUGGAGCCAGUACUGAGCUAGGUGGACCAUUGGCCUGACUCAGUAUAAGGCCGCUUCCUAUGUUCCUCUGCUCCGUAUUGCAGCUAAACAGAUAGCCUUUGCUCUCCUCUAGUUCAGCAGCUUUCUUAUUUAUUUAUUUAUAAAUAAAUAAAUAAAUAAAUAAUAUUUAUACCCCACCCCUCCAGUUCAAUACUGCUCGGGCAGCUUACAACAAUAAGAUAGACACAGAUACAAGCAAUAAUUUUUUUUAAAGUCAAAUUAAAUUAGGUUCAAAUUAAAAUGGGAAAUUAUAAAAAGCUAAAGAACCUACCAGAUAUAACAAAAUAAAAAGCUUCCUUAAAAAAGGUGUUUUUAAAGAUGUUUUUUUAAAAACACUGAGGGGAGGGAGCAUGGCGAAGCUCUUCAGGGAGGGUGUUCCAAAGCCAAGUGGCCACAACCGAAAAGGCCCUGUCUCUAGUCCCCGCCAACCAGAUCUCUGUUAGUGGCGGGGUCAUGAGCAGGGCCUGAGAUGAUGAUCAGAAGGUCCUGGUAGAUUCAUAUGGGUCUCUUAUUUAGGAGACACACAAAACUUGAACAGGAAACUUCCCCAGACCCUCUUGGAUCUGGGAAAUUAUUUAGAGGCAUAAUUGUGCUUGUCCUGUGUGUAGAAAGCAGAAUGUGCAGAGUAACUCCACAGAAGGUCAGUAGCAAGACCCUCUCAUGUCCCAUCCAACCAUUCUGUGACCUGCUCCUCCCUGGGUCCUGCUUCCAUGGAGCAUAGCUUGUAUGAUGGGGGUGGGUGGGACCUAGGCAGUGUUCCCUCUAAGGCGUGCACAUGCUCACAAGUUUUUUUUAUGUCCGCUCAGUUAAUUUUAGAUCCUGCUCCAGUUGAAUCAGGAGGGCCCCAUUCGGAAUGCACAUGCGCACCCACUGCCUUGAUACUGCCGCCCAGAACAAAACGCAUUUCGCACGUAGAGGAAAAAGAUUAGAAGGAACACUGGACGUAGGCAAUACUUGAAUUAUGAGGGGGAAAGGCGGGGGGGGGCCUUAAUAAAAAUCCACAUGCCCACUCCCUAACUUUCCCCCAGUUUAGCCCAACUAUCCUCCCAAUAGCCUCUUAGCAGCAGCAGCCAAGGGAGUUGCUACAAAAGGUAAAGGGUCUGCCUCUGCAGCCCCACCCCUGGUCCUCCAGACAUUUGAGCACUGACUAGGGUGAAGAGGACCUCUCUAAUGGCUCCCAUUCAUGGGUCUUGCAUGGAAGGGUAGCCCGCAAGGAGACCAAAGGUGGAACAUGGGGAGGAAUUCUGCUGGCUUCCAGCAGAGCCACUCCACACACCUUGCUCUCGACCCAUGGAGCAAAAAGGACCCUGCACCCUUGGGUGUUCUAGUCUCAGGCACUUAAUCAGAGAUGCACCAAUGGCAUGUCUCUCCCCCCCCCGCCCCCACUUUCCAGGGGAUCCAGGUGUCUCUUUAAAUUGUAAACCACCCUGAGCCUUUUCGGAAGGGCGGUAUAAAAAAUUGAAUAAAUAAAUAAAAUAAUAAUAAUUUCCAACCUUUGGCAUGGAAGCAAAAAUUUGAGCUCCCUGAUUCCUGUUGGCUUCAGACCCCAUAGCCAGCACCCUAAUGACCGAACCACAAGACUCUCCUGCCCCACUGGUCAUUGUGCUUCAUAUCAGUAUUUUAGAACAAAAAAUGUUCUUUGUAGGAUACUUUGCGUAUUUGCAAAUGCUUGCAUUACUCCUUAGGUGGAACUGAUACUUUCUCUUUACAGGUUUUCUUUCUCCUCCUUUAGGAAUGAUGUGUGUCGUGGAGAAUGUACCAUUAGUAGUUGUUGUUACAGAAUUCAUUAUGUGUACAGGGAAGUGGUACCGUUCCUGUGGCUGUCCCGGGAUUGCUAACCUUUUUCUUUCCCUCCUCCUCACUUUUUACAGGCUCUCCCUGAACUCAGUGAUAGUCAUAGCUCUGUAACACUUGUCGCGUAGCAAUAGCACAAACCUGUCCAGUCAUGUAUUCCUAAAUGUGAUCCUUCCUAACCUGUAACCUCACGAAAUACUGUAUGUGUUCGAGUGCGAUCAGCAAUGCCAUUAAAACUUGUACUUCUCUCAUCUGGACUGUGAAAUGUGUGUGUUGAGAAAAAUUCAAGAGAUGGCUCAGUCACCCUGCUGACUCCACUGGGGGUCACAGCCCACCUCCUGCUUCCUACCACUUCGGCAAUCCCAGUUAUUCCCCAGCUUACUUUCUUAAAUGUAAUCCAUGUGCCUUCAUGUGCCAAAUUCCUUUUGCUUGCCUUAGAAGGUUCCCCUGGAGUCUGUUGACGUGAUAUGAAUGUAAGAAUGACUUCUCAGACCUAAUCAAUGUAUACAUGUGUGAUUCCCAGAUUUCAAAUGUCAUGAUACAAUUGAAGUUGUCCACUGUAACUGAAGUGUUUAAAUAAAUAAAAAAAAAUUUUUAA